AGUCCUGUCAAAACAACAGGAAGGUUAUGGGUUGCUAGUUUAUAAAAUUCACAUCAAGAAAUGGAUGAAUUAUGUCUAUCUGAUACUUUGCAGAGGUAUUUUUCUGAUGUAUUUUUAUGUUGUGAUGAAGAAAAUACGGGACAGACUACAUUGAACAAAACAAUAGAAUUAAUUGAAUCCGGGAGUGUUCCUGAAGACGUCAUUUCACAGAUUUCAGAUAUCUGUUGGACCCCUGGCACAACCUUCCUCAACAAGAAGCAAUUUUUCUCAGCUUUAAAAUUAGUAGCAGCUUUCCAAGCCAACAUUCCUAUUAGAAAUGAAGUUAUCACUGCUAAUAUUGACCUCCCACUCCCUCGAUUCACAUGGACAAUAGUGGAGAAGAAAAGCCCAGUACCAGAUCUCAUUGAACUGAUACAUGAUUCCAACCACUAUUCAGAACAGAUAGAUACUACAAGUAGCACCGAUUCAGAAGUAGAUAGUGACACAGUAAGGAAUGGCUCUCCAGAUGCAUCCAGUGCUAAUUCGGAUAGUCCAACACCAACAAAUAGUGUGCAAGAUAGAAGCUGGGUAGUUGGCAGUACCUGGCAAGGUCUAGUUUCCGAGGAACAGAGACAACUACUUGGGACAGAAGAAGAAUCUUCAGAAAAACAUAGUAGUGAGGAAGAUACUGAGGUGUCUAAUGAAGUAUGGACUAUAACAAAUGAACAGCGAGAAUACUACAUCAACCAGUUUAAAUCCCUCCAACCAGACAGUAAUGCCUUACUAGCUGGCCCUGUAGCUAGAACAUUUUUUGAGAAGUCGAGACUCCCAAUACAUGAACUCAGAAAAAUAUGGCAGCUAGCAGAUGUUACAAAAGAUGGUGCUUUAUCAUUGCAAGAAUUCAUGGCUGCCAUGCAUCUUGUUGUCCUUAGGAGGAAUCACAUUGAGCUGCCAGAUGUUCUACCACCUCCUUUGGUUCCUGGAAAUGAAACUCCAAUUUCCGGGAGUCCAGAGACAGAACCUAUUUUAUCUCCACAAACCAAAGAUGCUGCUAAGGAGUGGACUAAAUUUAUUGAUAGUCCUACAAGCUCAGUCUCCUCGCCUGGGCCUAAACCAGUGAAUUUUGAUUUUCAGAAAGUCACAUUAGACACAGAUUCGAAAAUUCUACAUCCAGUUGCUUUGCGCCUCACCCCAGAAGUAGCAAAUAACCAGAUCGAUGACCAAAUUGAUGGUAUUGAUCUGCAAAGCCCUAAAAAGUUCAGUGAAUCUACUGUACCUGUAUCACAAAAUAUGCCAAAUGCAUCUCUGAAUGCACAAAACAGCGCAAUUCAACGACCCCAACCCAAAAAAAUCAGCAUGCCUGGGCCAGGGGCUAUUCCCCCACCACCUAACAAUCAAAACACCCUCGAAGAGGGGCCGGUUAGUCUACCAGCAUAUCCUCCGCCGAAAAAAGAAAAACCUCCACCGCCACCUCCACGAUGUUUCAAAACUCAUGGUCGUAGUUCAUCUCUAGAUUUGAAUAGGUUGAGCAAGCUUGGAGCCCCUCCCACAGUGCCCCCUCGAAUCAGUCCUAACAUUCAAGGCACAAAGAAGCUGAUGAAUCAAAGAUCUGAAGGAGACUCUGUAUCUCAAGUAGAGACCUUUGCUGAUUUCGAUCAGUUUGAAAAAUACGAAAAUGUGUCAAAUGGGAUUUUUCCUGGGGAUGUUUAUGAAGCUGAAAGAAAAAAGUUAUUUGCACAGUUUUCUGUUCCGGAACCUAGUGACGAUGCUCCGAGGAAACACGGAGCCUUCGAAAUUUAUAGGAAACCUCAACUAAGAGGCAAAGAUAGCCCUGUUGGUAUUGAAGAAAAAGUGAAAUGGACACUUUUCCAACAAUUGCAAGAGGAGAAUACGGUUUUGUUGAGGAUAUGUCAAGAAUUGAGUCAAGAAUUAGCUGAGCUCAGAGAAGAAAGGUUGACUUUGAAAGUUCGAUUAGAAAAGCAGAUGAAUGGCGGAUAGGAGAAUGUAAAUGCUGGUUUCCUGAUUUAGUAUCUAUAUCUCCUUAUUUCUAAUCUGAAUUUACCUACCCCCAGUUCAAUAACGUUCUGUGAAAACUAUAGUUUCUUUGAAAAAGAUUCGUAUAGAUGGCAUCUUGUGUUAUUAGGAAUAUGUAUGCUGUAUCAAAAUAUUGUAUUUUUGAGAUUCUAUGAUGAGAGUUAUUUGAUAAAGAAAUUUUAUUCAGAAAAAUACAUUAAUUUUAACUGAAUUCAUUGUAUUUCUUUCCCAAUAUUUGGUAUUAACAUGAUGAAUUGAUAAAU